UGAACGAUCCCAUGACCGAAUGUCCCUCUGAUCACGUCCGGUUGCAGUGUCAUGUGAUACUGCGAUGUACUUUCCCCUUCUUCAACCAAUAUUUACUCAGUGACUCGACAAUAUCCCAAGGAAGUAUAAAUAUCGACAAGCAGAGACUUGCUACGAACUGUAACACAGAUAAUUUUAGUUUCGCCUCGAACUUCGUCCGGAACGACGAUCAUUGUUGUUAGAUCCGCCUGACACUCCGCAGUGAAUCAAGUAAGUGAAUAUCAGCAGAUGUACAACGCUCUACAAUCGAAUCCUAAUCAACCUAAACAAAAUUUGAAUUUCUGAAAAAUCCUUGGCUGGACGUACAUAUCGGAGCGGACUGUACGGCGAGGGUUGGAUGCCUUUCUGAGACAACAUGCUGAAAAGUGACAAUGAGGUUCUUUUCUCAGGAAGACCCAUUCUCUAUGCUGAGGGCCAGUUCGUGGCAUGUCAUUUCAACCCCUCUCAAUAUGUGCCCUUCAGAAAGAUCGGAAAGAAUAACCUUAAAGAAGAACUUCGAAGAGCGACUGGUACAGAACACGGUCGGACGGAUGUCCUCUUUGAGACUAGAAGAAGGAAAAAGGGAACUAGGGAAGAUCAAUAUGAAAUGAUUUAUCUGAGUGAUAACUUUGUAGAGGAAGAAUCAUCGAAGGAAAUUGCCCCAAACCAAAAAGAUGAAAAACAACAGAAGCAGCUUCAGCAGAAACUAAAGCACUUCUCGGAAUUACUUCAAUGGAUUUCGCUAGAGGGCGACGAAUUCGUCCACAUCGAAACACUACGAGACUUCAACGACGUUUUCAUUUUACUGGAUGUUAUAGGAAGAAGUCAGAAUCCAGUUUUGAUUAACUUACUGAUUCGUGACAACGAACCUAACACAAUCACUGUGUCUCUUUCAAAUGUGACCGUCAGUCUACAGAGUUUACUCUUCUGUAUGUUUCCAAACUAAUUUCAGUAUUUUCAAAACCAGUUUUGACAUGAGGCUGUUCCUGAAGUAGCUGGAUCAGACACAGUCGGCGUUUGACAUGUUCAAUGUUAUGCCAAAACCAAAGCCCUUGCUGCAGCUCCUCAAAGGAAUCUAGCCUGCUACCGGACAGCAAGAUUUGAGACGAUUUGAAGAUUUGAGACGAGCAAGAGUACGCGUGCACCUGGACUAUUUCGAACCGGCGACAUCCAGUGCGAGGACAAAUAAGCAAAUCACACGAAAUCUCACGAGCCCAAAGUUUAUAGCAUUCUACCACCUUGGUAGAAUGCUAUAAACUUAUAUUCAGGCUGAAUGGCCUUCAUUUUUGUAAAUUUUUUAGUUUGCUUCAAAACGUACUAGGUCCAACCACACUUACAAACUGCUGGUGAAAUUGGCAAACUGUAAUUGUUAUAAAUACUCUUUUUUUUGUUAAAAUCAUUCCUGAAUGGAAUGACCUGCCCUCCAAUGUCGUUGAGAUAGGUAACUUAACACGUUUCAAAUCAGCUCUUAAAUUCUACAUGCGUAUUUCUUAGAUUUUAUCCAUCCUAUAUUUUAUUAUAAGCAUACAUUUCUAAAUUUUAUUUCUUUGGAGGUUUAUUUACAGACGGUUAACCUCUUAAACUUCCUUUUUAGGGUAUUAUUUGUGUUGUUUAUUUUUUUGAUACCUUAAAUAAAGUAUGUAGGUAUGUAUGUAUGUAUGUAAACAGUUGUUUAAAACUUUGGGACAUCGAUUUCUUCCUUUAAUGCUUAAAUCCAAAGCAUGUAUGCAUCUUUUAGAACCAAUAUCAAAAUCUUCCAUUUAUAAAUACACUGAAAAUUCAAAGUGGCUCCGUGUAACAAUGGCUUGAUAUGAUUGUUUUAAAAAACUACUUUUUG